CCAUGAUGUCUUUAGACCCAUCAGAGUCCCAAGAAGAUAAAAUAAGGCAAUCUGAUAAUAUAAUUUCCGUAGAAAAAAUCAGAAUGACAGAAGAAAAAAUAUAUGGGGAAAAAACUGAGAAGGGACUUCAGGUUUCACCAAAUAGUGAUCAGUCUGCAGGAGUAAGACCUGUAACACCCCGCAGAAGCAUACGGAAUUCAUCAAAGACUAAUGACAGUUCAGCUGCUAUCAUUGCCAAUAUUACACUUCCAACAACUCCUAAGAGAGGCCAAAAAAAAGCCAAAGAAAACGUAGGCGCACUUUCUGUUGUUCCAGAGGAAGAAUUAACAGGUAGUACUAGAAGGAUUACCAGGAAAGCAACCCUUACUGCUUUGGAAAACCCUGAACCCCCACAAAUCAAAGAGCCAGCUGUUGGGGAAGCUUUACAAGUGCAGCCUUCUACUCCAACCAGGGGUCGCAGAGGUAGAGUUAUAACAUCAGAUGGCAAAGAUUAUGAAUGUCUGGAAGAAAAAACUGCCCUACCUCUUACUCCUACCAGAAUUACAAGAUCUAAAAAUAUUUUAGAGCAUGAAAAAGGAAUAGGCCAGAUAGAGGACACAGGUGAGACUGAGCAUGAGGUUGUAACGCCUAAAAGAGGCAGGCGCAGUAAGCGUGUUGUCAAUGAGUCGGUUACACAUUUUGUACAUAAUUCUUCCCAACCUGAUAUUAAAACAGACACAAGUCCUCCUAAAAAGGUCUCUCUUAGAUGGACAAGGACCGGAUCAGAUAAUCAAAUAAUUAAUGCAACUGAAGAGCAAGUGCCAAAGAUGCAGGAAGACAUUACUGAUACGCCUAGAAAAAGGUACAAGAAAUCUAAUAACAAAUUGGGCUUUGAAGAAACUGCAGAUGCUGUUUCUGAAGCUACCAUUGUAGAAGAUGUACAAGAGUUUUUAAUUAUCAGUCGCCCAGGGAAGAAUCCAAAUACAUCUGUUGUGAGAUCUGCUAGGAAAGCAACACUACCUCCAGUAAUCGAAGACCAUUCAGAACAACCGUUGCGGUCUCCAGAGAGCAACAGCAAAGUGCAUAGUAGUCUUCUUGCUAUUGCUGAAGAAAUUAAAGCCACAAACACAAGAACAAGGUCUGGUAGUAAAUCUUCAGUGGCAGACGUUUCUACCAUUACAUUUGAGUUUUCAACACCAAAAGCAAGAACUAAAAAGACUGUAAAAGGUUCUGCAGUUCAAACAGAAUUGAUACCACCCACCUCAUAUGUCUUCUCUCCUCCAUCUACAAGAACAAGAAGAGCGACUAGAGCAAACGUCAGUGAAACUGUAACUGAACCGGAAUUGCAAGUUCAAGAAUCCCAUGAAAUAGCAGAGACAGAGGUUCCUGAAGUUCGGCCCUCAAAACCAAGAGGCAGACCUCCAAAACACAAAGCAAAGACGGUUACUAGGGUACUGAAAAAAACAUCCUGGUCAACUCCGCCCGUGGAAAUAAAGUUGAUUUCUCCUCCUGAAAGUCCUGCAGUGAGUGAAACAGAUACAAAAAAAGACUCUGCAGAAGCAAAAGGAGCAGAAAAAAAUUCAGUUUGGCGGACAAGAAGGAGAAUAAUGUCAAAACCAGUCAUGCGCCGAAAGAUGAUAUGAGGGAAGGGUGGGGGCUACUUCUUUUAAAAGUGCACAGAGGUUUGUAAAGUUGAAAAUGUGUAAUAUUGAAAAAAACUGAUCUGGGAGACAAUAAUUUAUAUAAAUUAUUGUAAAUGUUCUUAAAGUAUUUGAAAUUUAAAUAACUCCGCCUGGAGCUAAAAUUUCUUCCCGGACAGUUUGUCUGUUUUGUAUUAAUACUUCAUACGUUUAUAAAAAUGUAACUAAGGUUUUCAGGAAUGGUAAAUAAAAAUACAUUAUAGUAUUUUACUUUUUAUUAAAAAAAAAUAAAAUCCAA